UUCCACUUCCUUAAGAAUUAUUAUAAGACCUGUUGCAGUUUAGAGAACUUAAUUCGUUGGUUGGUUUAUUUAUUGAUGCAAUGAUGUCUCUUAUUUACAGCACACAAUGCUCAUAAAACCCGAUGAUUAGGCCUCCGAUUAUGGCAGGAUUUGUUGAUCGGAUUAGCAGCCCCGCAAGGCAUUUGUAUUAUUGUGGCUCCAUUAAAGAAAAGAGAACUGGUUUGUUUGAUCUUAAUCCCGACUAAUUCAUGCACUCGCCUGCACAUCAAUUAAAAUUCCAGUUUGCAGUUUCGACCGCUGAUGGCCCAUUGCUAGAUCAAUAAGCAGUCUAUUCGUGAUUCUGGUUUGUCCCGACACAUUUCAGCGGACAGUAUUCAAGGACGAGUCGAAUCAAAGAGGAGCUUUUCUCGCCUUUCCGUGGAGUGGCCGAGCUGCCUGCUCGCAAAGCGGUUUAACGGUAAACGGGAGCUCGGUCGGGUGGAAUCAAACACACCACUGUAAACUCCUGGACGGACUCGUGCCAGAUCAACUUCAGCUCUGCAAACGGAACCUCGAGCUCAUGCACAGCAUCGUGCACGCGGCCAAACUCACCAAAAGCGCGUGCCAGAGCACCUUCAGCGACAUGCGCUGGAACUGCUCGUCCAUCGAGAGCGCGCCUCACUUCACCCCGGACCUGGCUAAAGGCACCCGUGAGGCAGCGUUUGUGUUCUCUCUGGCCGCUGCAGUGGUCAGUCAUGCCAUCGCCCGUGCCUGUGCUUCCGGAGAGCUCCCCAGCUGUUCCUGUGCGCCGGCGCCCUCAGAACAGGCGGCCCCAGAUUUCCGCUGGGGUGGCUGCGGAGAUAACGUUCGCUACGGCCUGCAGAUGGGCUCUGCAUUCUCAGACGCACCCAUGAGGAACCGACGCUCAGGACCGCAGGCUUUUAGACUCAUGCAGCUACACAACACUGCAGUGGGAAGACAGGCACUCAUGGAUUCUCUAGAGAUGAAGUGCAAAUGUCACGGUGUUUCUGGCUCGUGCUCUGUGAAAACCUGCUGGAAGGGCCUUCAAGACAUCAACAGCAUCUCAGCCGACCUCAAGUCUAAAUACCUGUCUGCCACCAAGGUCAUUCCGCGCCAGAUCGGCACCCGCCGACAGCUAGUCCCCCGUGAGAUGGAGGUCAGGCCGGUCGGAGAGAAUGAACUUGUCUAUCUGGUCAGCUCGCCUGAUUACUGUUCGCAGAACGCCAAGCAGGGGUCAUUCGGAACCAUAGACAGGCAGUGUAACAAGACUGCGACCGGCAGUGAAAGCUGUGGACUCAUGUGUUGUGGACGAGGGUAUAAUGCCUAUACGGAGGUGCUGGUGGAACGCUGCCAGUGUAAAUAUCACUGGUGCUGUUACGUGUCCUGCAAAACCUGCCAUCGCACUGUUGAGAGAUACGUCUGCAAGUGACAAACCACCUUAUGGACUGUCUUCAUCGACAGAGAGGCACGGUACAGUGCUGUGUGAAUGUGUAUGAUCUUUUUAAAGCCAUAAGUGAGUGGAUAAUCCUCUCGGAGUGCUGUAAGGAUGGCAUGAAAGUGAAGAAAGAAGAGCCGGAGUUGUGGAAUACGGGAUGGUGAAAGAGUUAAUGAAUGGCUGUAAACAAAGAACCCUGCGGUGAGGCCCUCAAGGCACCCUGCCGAAAAGCAGAGUGAUAAGUAGUGGCCGCUCACAGCAAAACUCAUCAGCUCCGGGACUGAGAAAGAGACUUGGGGGGGAGGGUAGAACUGUGCUGGUAAAAAGUUACUUUAUUCAGAUCUGUUUUGGUCAGAUAAAUUUCAUAGGUUACACAGUAGCAAGAGAUGAAAAUCAGAAUGUGUAGUUCGUUUGACUUCAGAAGUUUUAUGCACUCAGUAUUGAUUAUGAAGGUUUUGAUGACACCAUUGUAUUCAUUAAAUGAAAGGUGAAGGCCAUGCCUUUCACCCUGGGAAAACUUGUACAUUUUCUGUAAAAAUGAAAAUUUGUAUUUAUUUUAUUA